UAUAAUUAUUUACCAAUAAUUAUUAUGAAAAGAAAACGAUGUUAUUAAAAAUAUAUUAUCUAAGUAUAAUAUUCGUGUUGGUUGUAGUGUCUUGUAUAAAUUGUCAGUAUUAUGACGAAUUGAUUUCAGAUGAAGUAUUGAAAGAACUGCUGAAUGAAGAUUUCAAAAGUGAAGAGGACUUCACAAAUGAAGUUCCUGAAGAUGUGCCGGUGCUAUUGAACGGAUCGUGGUGGUGUGGAGACUGUGACGACAUUGAUGAAAGUAAAAUAAUUUACACAGAAACUAAUGAAGCAUACAUCGGUUCAUAUGAGAAACCUAUAGAAAUGCAGAUACAACUAGCCGUGGGUGACAUGCGCUGUGUCUCCAUCUCCGGACUGAUGAUGGAGAGGAUCCUGGUCCAGCUGGUGUCAGGGUCCUGCCGGGGCACGCGGGCCGUGGUCAGAGUCACCCCGCGAGGCGAUAGCGUGGAGGGAUUGGCUUUCGAUGUGCGGGUUUAUGGCGAAUAAAUGAGAAGUGAAGGAAAAAAUCA